CGUAAGACCAACUGCGAGUUUGGAUCUUGACGGUUGUGCUUGUUUGCCCCGUCUUUGGGCGCAUUGGUCCUCUCCAAUCGUCGAAUUGUCUGGCUGCCAAAUCAUCGAGAACGGCACGCGACCGGGUAGACACUCCUGUGGAAACGGGGCAAGAUGAUUCCCCUGGUCGCGGCGUCGGAGUUGGAGGCCAACCCGGCCUUUGCGAGGCUGUGGGAAUACCUUACCCGGGAGGCACUGGCGGAGGAUGGGUCGAGUAGGAAAGAAGAGCGCGAGAGGGAGCGGCGGUGGAGAGCAGGGAGGAGGACGAGAAGCAGACGUGAGAAGGGCGACGGCGGGAGAGGAGGAGGAUUGAGUGGGUGGCGUGAGACUGGAGAGGAAGAAGUGUGCGGCGUGGGUGGUGAUGGCGUGGUGAGAGGGGGUGGUGCAGGGCUUGGAUAUGAAGAUCGAGAUCGAAAUCAAGAACCAGAACAAGAACAAGAGGAUGAAGACGAGGACGUUGUCGAAGAUGAUGAAGGAAGAGACGAAGACAAGAAAGAGAGACAGCAGAGUUUAAGCCUGGAUGAACAGCUCCACGCCCUCCGGGUCGAGAGGGUCAAGAGGCGCAUCCUCCGCGACGUGCUCGAGGAUGCCGCCCACCUCGACCUCUCCGCCGGCCACACUCACGCCCAGGGCGAAGAUCUCCGUCAAGGGAGUGAAUCUCUACAAUCACGCAGCGCAGAGACGCGCAGUCGAAGUGGGAGGCGAAUACCGGUACCCGUCUCCACGACUGCGCCUGUUACACCAGCUGGAGCUGCGAAGAGCGAUAUCGCAGAUGUCACGAACAAAGACCUCGAUCUUCAGAGUCAUGCGACAGCAACGGAAAAAUUCAGAACAUCUGGGGAGAUGGACAAUGCGGGUGCUGUGCGGCCUACUGGGAAUUAUCUCCCGCAGAGCGUCGGAGAGCUUGUUCGUGUCGUCUCAGCGUAUUUGCAUGUCAGCCUUGAAGGGUCUGGAGAUCUCUUCCCAUCGUCAAACGAGAGUGAUACGCGGCAGCUGGCUUUCACACAGGAAAAUGGCGGGACGGAGGAGGAUGAGAAAGAAGAAGGCCUUCUCUACGAGGACAUCCUGCGCUUCAAGGCGAACAUCGCUCCUAUCGCUAACGCGGUCUCCUCGCGCCUCGUCGAGCUCGAGUCGUCGCUCUGUGUCUUGUCGAAUAUCGCACUUGACCACAGCGAUGACAAUGAAGACGAAGAAUAUGGCCGCGCCGAAGGGAUGCAAGGCCGCAUGCGUCCAUCUCAAAGUCUGCACGAAAGCAUCCAAGCCCAACUAUCCCACCUCUCCGACCUCCGCGAUACCCUUCUCCCAUCCUCUCUCACCACACUGAACACAACUCUUCAGCACCUGCUCACUCUCCAGCGGCAUCUCCUACAAUUGCAGAUCCAGCAUCUCGAAACCUCCAAGCACGGCGUCCUCUCUCGCUACACCAUGUCAAAGAUUGCGUUCCUGGACACCGUGGCGCAGGCUAUGGCGUUGAAGGUACAGGUUCUGGUGUUGGAAGCGAGAAGAGAGUUUCAAUUCUCCCCGGAAGUGGAGAGGAAGAAGGAAGUGAUCAGAGAGAAGAUGGCCGAGGUGGAAAAGGAGGAAGAUGAGUUGGAUGAAAGGAUCAGGCUGUUGGACGGCGUGUUGGCGGAGUAUGAGGCUGUUGAUCCGGGAACGGGGAUCAUGGGGAAACUGGGAGUGAGGUACAAAGAGAUUGAAGAGGAGAUGGAGGGCGUCAAGAGAGAUAUUGAGAAGCUGCAGAGACAAGCAGCGAAGCGUUGAAGUAGAAGCAGGUGGGAUGCGGCGAGGCUGCAGUUCAGCCUCACUAGCCUUGUUGCACAUACGUCACCCGGUAGUCUUGGCUCAGUCCAACGAAGGGAUCUUGACUCUUCCCG